AUGGCGGGGCAAAAUCCAGGUUCGCCGACUGACUUUCAAUAUUUUUACGAGGAUGAAGUGUAUAAAAUCAACAAUCGCGGUCAAGUGGUCUUCGGUCUGGUACUCGAGAACUAUGAAGCCAACUCCAGCGAUCAAGAGAGCGACAUUGAAACUCCUAUACAAAAAGGCGAAAUUCGCGUUGUCUGGCAUCCUUCCGGCACCGAGCGAGUCAUAUCCGAGAAGUCGGUUGGCCUAGCAGACCGCUCCCUAAUGCCCGGCGACGUGGUGCGUCGUCUCAUUGCUGGCAAGGACACACAGAGAGGCUACUGCAGAGACAUCAUCAUGAACGCAGCCCUGCAGAUAGUGGGCACCAAGCAUGUGAUACCCAGCGUCGCCAGCGAGAGACUACAGCCAUUGGAGGAGUUUACUCCUGAUUUAGCUGUCUGUCUUGAUUCAUGGGUUGGAACUUCAAAGGCGGUCCAUAGCAAACUCCGGCUCGUGUCAGCGGAGGGCUCCAGGCUAGAGUACCCCGACCUGGAUACGUGUCCGCUGGAGGACUACUCGAUGCGCCGCCGCCGCUCCACUCCCUACUCCUCGUCCGAGUUCUACCCUGGACAGGUGGUGUACGGCCCGCUAGGUUCGCUCGACUCCGCCAACUGGCUCCACAUCACUAAGGAAAUGAAAGCUGCCAGGAAACAUAAGAUGCAUGAUCAUAAGUUCACCGUGGAGGCGGUAAUGACGGAGAGCGUGAGCGUGCACUGGCAGUGUCGCGCGCUGUGCACCAACCCUACCGACCCCACCACGCCGCAGCAACCCAAGUUCCUAGUCGAAGGUGAAGAUCUAAAGAAUCUAAAGCUGCUGAAUGUAUUCGAGCCGUGCACACUGCAGGUCGGUGACAGAAACUUCCUCACCAUCGGCGCUGAAGACACCUUUGUAAGUAAGAAGCAAUGGAGGAAACAACAAAGUAAAUACUACAGGAAUCUCCGUAAGCAAACCAAACCGAUAAAGAAACCUUCGAAAACCGACACCAACUCGACUGACCACGUGCCCUCCCGGCCUAAGAAACGAGCCUCGGCACAUCGGAAACUUAAGUCGAACGAUAACGACAUGGAAGUGGAUCCAGCAGACGACAAGCUGGAAUCUCUCGACGAUGCUCUGAAGAUGGACGCCACCUGCCCCAGCAUCAAGAUCGAGCCUAUAGGAGACGUCUGUCUCCCCAUGGCCAGCUCACAGGAAGACACGGCGACUGAGGAGAAGAAUGAUUCUGGGAUCAGUCCUGAGCCCGCGCGGGACGACUCCUCACUGCUCAACGGAGACAGCAAGUCUGAUACCGCGCUCAAUGACGAUGACUCCGACAACUGGGAGAAUACCAGCAGCGAUGGCAGUGAUACUGACAGUGGUGCGACGUGGUCGUCCCGUUGCUCGUCGGCGGCGUCGGGGCGCGGCAAGCGGUCGCCGCAGCUGGCCGUGCGCCUGCUGCGGGGCAAGCGCCUCAAGCGGACCGUGCGCCGCGCGCCGCCCGCGCCGCCGCCGCGCCCCGGCGACCGCGUCGUCGUCGAGACUCUGCACACCACCAGCCGAGCCAACGUCGUCUGGCAGGACGGCACAAUAGAAAUGGGCAUUCCAUCCACACAACUGUAUCCGAUCCACCAUUUAGACGGGCAGGAGUGCUUCCCUGGUGACUUCGUUGUCAGCGGAGCAGCUAAUGUCGAGGAGAACCAACAGUUAAAGCACCGCGAGUACGGCGUGGUGCAGCGCGUGGACCACCACGGCCGGACCGCCAUCGUACACUGGUACCGCACCUACACCAGCGCUGACGAACCAGUGCCACAAAUGUUACACGAGAGCGAGGUGAGCGUUUACGACCUGAAGGACCACCCUGACUUCCAGUACCGGCCCGGCACCGUCGUCAUCAGGGUCGCCAAUUUUACAGGGGAGGACGCUAACUGUACAGCUGGACAGGUAAUAGACAACUUCCCGUCUGGGCGCGUCAAAGUAUGGUGGGUGGAUGGACACACUAGUAUGUGUUGGCCACAGGAUUUAUAUAAGGUUGGCGAGUAUGACAGUGAGGAGGGGGAGCUAUGGGGCUCGGAGGGCUCCGGGUCGGAGGACUCCUGGGAGACACAGAGCUCCGCGCACGACCCCGAGCCACGCACGCCCGACGCACUGCCCGCCACGCCGCCCGACGUCGCGCCCGCCGCCGUGGGCGCGGAGUGCGGCUCGUGCGCGGCGGCGGGCGAGGGCGCGGGCGCGGGGGGGCGCGGCGGGCGCGGGGGGCGCGGGCCCGCCGGCCGUGCCGCGCCUGCUGGAGCCGCGCGUGGCGGCGCACAUCGAGCGCGGCCGCGUCGCCAUGAGGAAACUGGAGGAGAUGUUCGCUAA